UCAAGCUUGUGGUAAUGAAGGCCACAUGGGACCAAGCAAAUAAGACUUUUUGGAUGCUUCCGCCAUCUUUUGCGGUGGAACAUUUUAUGGGACAUUCACUGGAUAAAAUGAUUGCUACCUAUAUAUAUCGCUUUAUGCCUGUCGCACCGGAUCUUAAAUUUAUUUAUGUGCCAAUUAAGGAAGAAGGUGACCACUGGUAUCUUAUGGUCAUUAGCUUAUUGGAUGGAAAAUUAUAUCAGUUUGAUUCUAAUCUAAAUGACGAUCAAGUUGAGCCAAGACAAGAAAUUAUGAAAUCCUUGGCUUUAAAAUUAUCAGAUAUGGUAACUUCUGGUCAUUACCUAAAAGGUGACAUUCCUGAAAGAAAAGAUUUCAUGAACUUUGAUGUGAAAGAGGCUAGGGGGGUGCCCAAAUGUCCUCAAAGGUACACAUAAUUGCAAUGAAUCUUUUAUAUUCAUCUUUAAUUAAAGCGAUCUUUUAUUGACACUAACUAUUUAAUAUUGCCACUGAACUUUUAGUCGCGACUCUGGUCUCUGGGUUCUUCAAUGGUUUUCAAUUACUCAAGUUUUAUUCAAAUAUCACAUAAUAAUAAUUUAUAUAAUACUACAUCGAGAACUCUUCACUAAGUUCCAUGUCGGCACUUGCAUCAGAAUCUCC